UCUGAGCUCAUUCACCCGAUGGAUGUUCAGAUGGCCGUGUUUCAUUGUGCUGAUGGUUUCCUGAAGCAGCUGAUGGUCACUAAACUGUCUCAGUGUCAGUACGCUCUGCCUCUGCUUGUUCCUGAUCCAGACACACAACAGAUUGAGUUUCCUCUCUGGACAUUCAGACAAAUCAACAAGAGCUGGAAGAUCAGAAACACUAACAAUGAGUUCAUCAGUCAAACCCAGCUGAUCUACAGAGCACAAACUCCAAUGGUGUGCUUCUUCAGGUUUGGCUCUGUGUCUUCAUCCAAGUCUCAGCUGAUGAACAAUCUGAUCAAUGAGAGACACAACACAUUCUUCCACAGGAACUGCCCAGGCAGCAGCAGAACCAGAGUCCUGAUGGACGGAGUGGUGGAGAUCGCCUGGUUCUGCCCUUCUGGAUCAUAUGAUGAUAAAUUCACUGAAUGUGUAGCGUUCUGUAAUCUACACGGUGAUGCAGGAGACCAGGAGAAACAGCUGCAGAUCCUCACUGAAAUGGCCUCAGUCAAUGUUGUUCUUCUGCCACGACUGGACAGGAAUGACAGACAGGCAGCAAUUAUCCAAAACCUGUACAAGAACAGAAAGCCACUCAUUUGUCUCCUUACUGAGGAUGAAUCUUCUGUAACUGAGAUGAGGAAAGGGAUAUACAAGAUUGGUUUGAAAGACAGAAAUCAGUCAGAUGUCUCUAAAGAACUCAGAAGAGCUAUAAAUGAUUGUCUCUCAGAAUCAUCUUCCACUUUCAGACUUGAAGAUGUGUCCAAACACUCAGACAUAAGAGUAGAUGAGGAGGAUGAUGAUGACGGCAGGAGAGGAAGAGCAGCAGCACAGCAGAUGAUGAGUUUACUGAAGAAGAAAGAUCUGACGAAAGUCAAAGAAUCAUUUCUGCCUCAUCAGGGGAAACUGUGGCAUCAGUGGAGUCAGAAGAAUAAAGAACUGCAUCGACCUCGAGCAGAUGAGACAGAAAUGGACAUCAGUAAAAAACACACAGAAAUGAAGAAAAUACGUGAACUACAGCAUGAAUCUGACAUCAGUGAGUUUAUGAAGCUCUUUAUUAAAGAAAUGAACUCAAAUACUAACCAUAAUAUGUUUGUCCUUCAAUGGCUCAGAAUCCUGCUGGAUGAAUAUACAUCAGCUGAUCUUUCUGAUCUACAUCAAAAAUAUCAUGAAAAGUGGUCAACAGUCUUAAAACUGAAAGAGUAUCAUUAUAAACCUGAACAACUCAAAGCUGAACAAAUUACACUUGAGAAAAUGUCAGAGGAACUUGAAGCAGCAACCUUUGGUUUGGAGCACAUCAUGAGGGAGAUUGGUCAGAUCUAUGAAUCAUGUUCAUUUGUGGAGAAGAACAAGAAAUACCUGCAGUCGGACUUUUCUUCUCUCCCGAGUCUUGCAGCAGAGAUGAUGAUCUCUGGAUCUCCACUGGAGCUGAUGGAUGGAGAUGCUGCUCAUGUUCCUCUGGUCUGGAUCUCUGCUGUUCUAGAUCAACUCAUCCAGAAACUGAGAGACCAGAGAGUCUUUGUGCUGUCAGUUUUAGGGAUCCAGAGCUCUGGGAAAUCCACCAUGCUCAAUGCCAUGUUUGGACUCCAGUUUGCUGUCAGCGCUGGCAGAACAACUAGAGGAGCUUUCAUGCAGCUGCUCAGAGUGUCAGAAAAGAUGAAAACACAUCUGAGGUUUGACUAUAUUCUGGUUGUUGAUACUGGAGGUCUUCGUGCUCUAGAACUGACUGGAAGAUCAACAAGACAUCAUGACAAUGAACUGGCCACAUUUGUUGUAGGUCUGGGAAAUCUGACACUGAUCAACAUCUUUGGAGAAAACCCAUCUGAGAUGCAGGACAUUCUUCAGAUUGUUGUUCAGGCCUUCAUGAGGAUGAAGAAGGUCAGACUGAAUCCCAGCUGUGUGUUUGUGCAUCAGAACGUUUUAGACGUCACAGAUGAAGAGAGAAACAUGGAGGGAAGGAGACGACUUCAGGAGACACUGGAUGAGAUGACAAAACUUGCUGCUGAAGAUGAAGUCUGUGCUGCAGAAUGUUUCAGUGACGUCAUUGCAUUUGAUGUUCAGAAAGAUGUGAAGUAUAUUCCUCAGCUCUGGGAGGGCAGUCCGCCGAUGGCUCCACCAAACCCAAACUAUUGUGAGAACAUUCAAGAACUGAAGAAAACUAUUAUGUCUCGUGCCUCAAAAUCACAUGGAAUGGUGCUGAAUGACUUCAAAUAUCGUAUUAUAGAUCUCUGGGAGGCUUUACUGAAUGAACGAUUCGUCUUCAGCUUCAGAAAUGCUCUGGAGAUCUCAGCUUACAGGAAACUAGAGACUGAAUACAGCAAGUGGUCCAGGAGUCUUCGCAGUGCCAUGAUGGAAACUGAGAACAAAUUACACAACCAAAUAGAAAAUGAAGUGAUUCAUGAGGUUGAGGAAACUGAUCUUCACAGAGAACUGAAGAAGACAAGUGAAGAAGUGGAAAAAUCAAUGUCUGAAUUAUUUGAGAAAGACAGAGAUGCAGAUAAACUGAUUCAGUGGAAAACAUCAUUUGAAAUCAAAAUCAAAUAUGUUCUUGAAAACAUUGUGAGAGAAACAAAGAGGAAAUUAAAUGAGAUUCUUCAGCAGCGAGACAUGAAGAAAAAGAUUGAUGCUCAGAGGACACAACAUGUAAACACUCUCUAUGAAAAGAGCAAAGAACUCGCCUUUAAACUCAGAUACAAAACACAUGAUGAAGAAACACUGAAGAAAGAGUUUGAUUUGUUUUGGAAACAGUGGAUAAGGAUGAUCAUCAGAGACACUCCUCCAAUCAGAGACAUUGACGUAAUGAGAGAUGUGAGAGAGAUCCUCAGUGACGUCUAUGAAAGUCUUCCUGUAGAUCACUGGAGGGAGAGCAGGGAUAUAUUCACUGUGUCGAGUUAUUCAGAUUAUGUAAAACUAAAGAAACCCAGUGGAAUUACAGGAGCUUUUACAAAGGUCUACAGAUCAGCUAAAGAGGUGUCUCAUGACAUUCUCUCUAAAGAGGAUGAAUCUCAAAUAAGAUCAUUAGUCACAGAUGUUGUUCAGCAGACAGACAGAAUGAUUCAGUCAUUUAACAUUUCAGAGAUGGACUACAACAUCAGCUGCAUCCAGCUACUCACAGAUUACAUCAUGACAAGAGUAACAGAACAUCAGGAAGGGCAAGUGAAUUAUGUGUUCAAGAAUGAAUUCUUCAUGCAUUUGGUUCUGUCCAUCUGUAAGAGAGCAAACAAGAAGAUCACUGACCAACACAGACUGUUCAGAGAAGACAAUGACCCUGUCCUCUAUUUGGAGAAGAAGAGAGAAGAGUACUAUAGUAUUUUCCAGAAAUACUGUCAUGGAACAACAUCUGCUACUAUUUUUGGAGAGAUCAUCUGUGAGAAACUGAAAGAGCCCAUUGAGCAGAGCGUCUACAAGAAGACUGCCAGAGAUUUAGCAGAUGAAAUGAGAUCAAACUGUGAAUCACUGAAUGGAAACAGAUCAUAUCUGGAGAAACACAUCCUGAAGACACUGGCAGAAGAGGAGGAUUUCAACAAAUACAUGAACUACAUUCAUAAUCCCAGAGAGCACUUCAAGAGUUUCAUCAGAGAUGAAGUCAGUCGGUACAUCACUGAUAAGUUCAGUGCCAGUGUUUUACACAAGAUGAAGAGGAACAUUGAACUCCUGCAGCAGAAGAUCAUGGAAGCAGCUUAUGAAUCUACUAAACAUGUUCAAGUGAACAGAGGAGAUGCUGGCGUCAGUGCUGUUGGGUUCAGUGUCCGUUCUGUGGAGCCACCUGCACCAACACCAUAG